CGUGACAAAUUUCAUUGGAACUUUCUGCGGCCAGGAAAGACUGAUGUUUCCUGCUUCUCUCAUUUGUCCGACGUCCAUGAGCGGCGAGAAAAUACUCUUUCAAGUUUAAUCAUUUUGAGAGUUUUUUUUUUUCCCGCAACGGUUACGGGAAUAUGUUAGCCGUGUUAACAGUUUAAAUGUCAUUGCGCAAAACGUCCCCAUUGGAAUAUCGAAAAUAGAUGAACGCAGCGUCAGAAUACUGUAAGUGACUAAGCAUGGCAAUUGGCCAGCUCUAUACUUGAAGCCUUAUCCUGGAGGACUCAUUCUGACUUUGCAUCUUUGAAAGCCGACAGACCCUAAGAUGGAGGAGCAAUCCAGUUUCCCGAAUGUCAGCAUACCGUGCCACAAUGAGCAGAGGGACAAGAAGAAGCGUUACACAGUUUACAAAGUGAUGGUCUCUGUUGGACGGCAGGAAUGGUUUGUCUUCAGGCGAUAUGCAGAGUUUGAUAAGCUCUACACCACAUUAAGAAAACAGUUUCCAGCUAUGAACUUAAAAAUUCCAGCAAAAAGGAUAUUUGGAGACAAUUUUGACCCAGAGUUCAUCAAGCAAAGAAAAACAGGGUUGCAUGACUUUAUUAAGCGGAUUGUCUCACAUCCUCAACUUUGCAACCAUCCAGAUGUGAGGACCUUUCUGCUGAUGGACAAAAUGCAACACUUUUCAGAUGCGUCUGAAGAUGAAGAUGACAAAAACAGCUCCACCUCCAGAAACAUUAACCUGGGACCCUCUGGGAAUCCUCAGGCCAAACCUACAGACUUUGACUUCCUUAAAGUUAUAGGAAAAGGGAGUUUUGGGAAGGUUUUCCUUGCUAAACGAAGGCAUGAUGGCAAGUAUUAUGCAGUCAAGGUCUUGCAGAAAAAGGUCAUUCUCAACAGAAAAGAGCAAAAACACAUCAUGGCAGAGCGUAAUGUCCUGCUGAAAAAUGUAAAACACCCCUUCCUGGUUGGACUUCAUUAUUCCUUCCAGACCACAGACAAGUUGUACUUUGUCUUGGAUUUCAUCAAUGGAGGGGAACUUUUCUUUCAUCUUCAAAAAGAACGGACCUUCCCAGAGUCCAGAGCAAAGUUCUACAUCGCUGAAAUGGCAAGUGCACUGGGAUAUCUGCAUUCUCUCAACAUUGUUUACAGAGACUUAAAGCCAGAAAAUAUCCUUCUAGACCAUGAGGGACAUAUCAUCCUGACGGACUUUGGGUUGUGCAAGGAGGGUAUUUCCCUGACAGAUACCACCACUACGUUUUGUGGAACCCCUGAGUAUUUAGCUCCAGAGGUUCUGAAAAAGCAGCCAUAUGAUAACACAGUGGACUGGUGGUGUCUGGGAUCAGUGCUGUAUGAGAUGCUCUUUGGCUUGCCACCAUUCUACAGCAGAGACACACACGAGAUGUAUGACAACAUUCUCCACAAGCCACUGGUAAUGCGCCCUGGUGCAUCCAGCACAGCAUGGUCUAUUCUUCAGGGCCUCCUGGAGAAAGAUGGCACUCACAGACUGGGCUCCAGAGAUGACUUUAAAGAGAUCAGAGCACACGGCUUCUUCUCAUCCAUCAACUGGGAUGAUCUUGAACAGAAGAAAAUCCCUCCCCCAUUUAAACCCAAUGUGAGCUCUUCCUGCGAUAUCUCAAACUUCGAUCCUGAGUUUACAGAGGAGAUGGUUCCCAACUCCAUCUGUUGGUCUCAAGAACAUUCCAUUGUCAACGCCAGUGUUAUGGAGGCCGAUGACGCCUUUGUGGGCUUCUCUUAUGCCCCACCUUCUGAUGACUCUUUCAUAUGAAACAUUCCUAAUGAAGUCUCAAGUUGCCUUAACCAGUGUAACCUUUUGUUUUUGUUUUUUUAGCUAAAGGGAAAAGCUUGUAUGAUGGAUUAAGUUGUUCUAUGAAGCCAAAGCAAGCAGCGGAAUAGAAACUGCACUUAAAACAAAUUUAGAUUGGAAGAACAUCAUUAUAUUUUACCUAUUUGUAUUUAUAAAAAUAUAUAAAUAUAUAUAACAGAUGCCAUUUUUUAGAAUUACAGACAGCUGCUCUUAAUGUGAUUUCUGGUCCUUUCUAAAGUGAGCCUUUACAAAGCCUUAAAUGUAACCCUGAAAUAAAAUCGAUAAACAGACGUCUGAAAAACUUGAACAGUUCA